GCACAAGCACAAUAAGAACCAAGAACACGAUGAGAUUAACAUUACCAAUCCCAUUCAAACUAUCUUCCUCAUCACUAUCAUCACCCACUUCAACAAUAUCAACCACAACAUCAAUAAUAGAACUACAACAACACAUCAUCAAUUCCAACAAACCUAUGAACCAAUUAACCAAAUUAUUUAAAGAAAUCUCAAUCAAAUGGUCAUCUUUGACUAGAUCUAAUUUAAAAGUUAUAGAUCAAAUCUUAGAUCCCAAAAUGAAAUCUAAAUCUUUGAAAUUGUUUGUGAAUACUAAAUUGAAAGGUGAUAUAACUUUAGAUUUGGUUAGGGAUGAAUUGAUUAGAUUGAAUCCGAUUGGGGAACUGGAUGGAGUGGAAGUUUUAGAAUUACCUGAGGAUGUCAAUCGAGAAUUGUUUGAUCAACAUCAACAUGGUAGUCUUUAUUUACCGUAUAGUUUUGUGGUACCUGGUGGUGUGUUUCAAGAGAUGUAUGCGUGGGAUUCAUUCUUUAUCGUUCUUGGUUUGAUUAGAGAUAAAGAGAUCAGGUUAGCCAAGAAUAUGUUAGACAAUUAUAUUUAUCAAAUUGAACAUUAUGGAAUGAUCUUAAAUGGAAACCGAACCUACUAUCUAAACCGAUCACAACUCCCCUUCAUAACUCAAUUAAUCAAACUAAUCUAUCCAACGAUCCCUACUAAACAUUCUCAAAGUUGGUUAAGAAGAGCCAUUAAAGCAAGCGAAAAGUAUCAUGAAUAUUGGACUACUGGAAAUCAUUUGGUACAAGAAACUGGACUUUCUAGGUUCUUUGAUUCUUCUCCUGAUGGUACUUCUCCUCCUGAAAUCGUUCAUGAGGUUGAUAGAAGAGAUGGGAAAACUGCUCAUGAGAGAGUUAGGAAGUUUUUCAGGGAUCAUCAUCAAGCUGGUAUACCUGAUUAUGAUAUUUUACAAUAUUACGAUCCAAUAAAUGAUAAACUAACCGAGAAAUAUAUGAAUAAUGAUAGAGCAAUGAGAGAAUCCGGAUUUGAUACUUCAUCUAGAUUUGGUAUGUUUAAUGCCAAAGUUUUAGACUUUAAUCCGAUCUGUUUAAAUUCUUUAUUGGUUCAAAUGGAAUUUGAAAUCCAUGAACUAUAUCAAUUAUUACAUGAAAAUCUGUUAAAGUCAUUAAAACCAAAUCAUACUGAAGUAACUGAAGAAGAUAUAAAUCAAAUGAAUUUAAAAAAAUCGAUGAAAAAAACGGAAAAAAAAUCUAAACUUUGGAAAUUCAAAUCGAUUGAAAGAAUUAAAUUAAUUCGAAAAUUUAAUUGGGAUUCAGAUGAUGGAAUGUUUUAUGAUUACGAUUAUGUAAAAGGAGAAAGAAGAAAAUAUUUAUUUGGUACUUGUUUUUUACCACUCUGGUGUGGAUUUGCAAGUAAACUUGAGAGUGAAUUAGUCGUCAAACAUGCAUUGAAAGGAUUAGAAGCAGAAGGUGGCUUGUUAGUAUCUAAUGUUGAUGUUGGUGAUCAAUGGGAUUCUCCUUAUGGUUGGGCUCCUUUACAAUUAUUUGGAGUUGAAGGAAUGAAGAAAUAUGGGUUUGAAGAAGAAGCUGAAAGGGUUGCUUUGAAGUUCAAUUCUAUGGUACUUAAAACUUGGAUUAGAACUGGAGAGUUAUGGGAAAAGUAUGAUGUUAAGAAGUGUAAUGAGAUUGUUGAUUUAAAGUUUGGGUAUGCUACUAACGAAGUUGGAUUUGGUUGGACUAAUGCUGUUUUUACUAGGUUUUAUGAUUUACUAUCAAAUGAAGGUAAAAAGAAAUUAUCAGAAAUCAAUGAAGAUAUCCAACAAGCAGAGAUUAAAGAAACAAUUGAAGAAACUCAAGUAGAAAAAGUAAAAGAUGAGAAUGAAAUUUUAGGAAAUUUAAUUGGAAGAAUCAAUGAAUUAGAUCCAAAUCGAAGAGAAGAACUAAUGAAGAAAUUAUCUAUUAAUGAGGUUUCAUUGAAGACUAAUUUGGAUUCUGAUGAAGAUUGGAUUGAAGUUGGUAGAGAAAAUGUUUGAAAUUUGGACUUUUCUAAGUAUCGGAUUGUUUGGUUUUCGGUCGUUGUUUUUGGUAUUGAGGAUCAGUAACAUUGAGUGUAUUUGCAAAUCUUGAAAUACCUUUGUUUGGUUAAUUUGUUGUCUUGUAACACAAUGAAGUAUUUUUCAACGUCUUGUAUUCUUUAUUGAUGGUUUUUGUUGUUGUACUAAUUAAUCUCAUCUUUUUAGAGCAAUUUUUAUUGAUAUUAUUUGACUAUUU